AUGAUGUCACUUGUGUUGUUUAUUUUAUUCAUUUAUGUCGCGCACAUAAUUUGCACGUGGUUUAUUACGGAUUUGUGUCCAGAAGUUGUACGGAAAAAACAAUUGAUCAAUUUGUCUGCAUUAUCCAGUGACUGUAAGCAACAACUUUCACCGGAAGAUCGGAUAGCGCUUGGCACUUGGAGUGUUCUAAUCCUAUUUGAUUUGAUUCUGAACAUUGCAGUCGUGUUCAGCCUCUGCUCUAUUCUGCGGUGGAUUGCGGUCGUGCGAGAUGAGUUCCUUCCGGGUGAACAACAACAACAAUCCAGUACAAAAAAAGAAACGCGCAACCAGACAGUACCCGGCACAGUACAACAGAUAGCACCCGGUGAUUUUGCUUUGAGAUCAACCAUCAGCCAGACAAAAUAUGACCGUGCAUUGAAAACACUGGGCUUGAUGAUUGUAGAACGAAUGUGUACUGCGUUACCAAUCCUCAUUGUGGAACUGCUUACCACAUUCCAGUGUUGGGUCCCACCAGCGAUCGCACACGUCAGUGUCGAUUUGCUAAUGUUGCGCACUCUACUCGAACCGAUUCUUUUCCUCUACGGUAUCCGAAGUAUUCGCCUGGUUUGUUUGAGGUGCUGGUGUCGUGGAGGACGAGGUGGUGGUGGUGUUGGUGCCGGUGUAAAGAGGCCAGACUCCAAGGAGCACGGUGCACAUCCAAAAGACCGAGAUGGAUCUAAUUCUGCUGAGCGGAGCGCAGAGUAUUCGGUUACCUUAUCGAAAAUCUCUGUCACAUGCAAAGUUCAAUUUCCUCAAGGCAGCUGA